UGAUAGAAAUGGCUGAAAAUUCAAGCUAUAUUCAUUCAUACUGUGGAAUGUUAUGCAGCCAUUGCAAAUAAUAGAUUAUAAUUCUACCAGUUACCUUGGGGAGUUUUUCCACAAGAUAUUGUAUGAGUAAGAAAAGCUGAUACAAAAAAAAGAAAAAAAAAAGGAUCUGUUAAUAUUUUUAAAGGAGCCCUGCAGGCACAAUAAUUAAGCACUGGGCUUCUAACAGAAGGGUUGGCGGUUGGAAUCUACCAGCUGCUCCACGAGAGAAAAGACCUGGUGAUCUGCUCCUGUAAAGAUUACAGUCUGAGAAACCCUAUGGGGCAGUUCUGCUCUGUCCUAUAGGGUCGUUAUGAGUUGUAAUUGAUUCGAUGGCACACAGUAACAGCAACAUAUUUUUUUUUAAUGUCGAAAGAGGAAAAACACCCUCUGUGUAUGGGCUUGAGUGUAGUUGCACAUGGCAUGGGCAUGGAGAAGGUAUGGAAGGCCGUGCAUCAGGUGGUUAGUAUAGAUUACCCAGAGAUGGUGGUGAAGGGUGAGGGAUGACAGUGUGGGUGUAGCAAGGGUCGGGGAUGGAGGGCGAACCAGAAAGAAAAAACACUGUUCUAAAACAAAUCGUGGGAGAAAGCGUAAGGAUGUGACAGGCAGUUAAGCACAAUAAAAACGACAAAUGACCAGUAAGUACUUAAAAACGUGUUUGACCUCAUUAAUCAAAGAAAGGCAAGUGGAAGGAACGAAGACAUGGGAUUUUACCCAUCCGAUUGACGUAGAUUAAAGCAAUUGAUAAUACCUGUUGUUGGCGAGGGUAUAGAAUCAUGGGUAAGUUGCUUUCAGCAACAAAUGAGCAGAGGAAGCAGAGAUGGCAGAAGUAUAAGGCACAGCCUUUUCAGAGGGAAUUGGUGGUAUGUAUCAGAGUCAGUAGUAUUCAUGGUCUUUGAUACAUCUAUUUCGUAUCCAGACAUUUCUCCUAUGAAAAUUGCCAGAGACCCGCAGAAGGAUUUAUGUUUAAGAAAGUUCACCUUCCUUUACCUGUGAUUUUUUUGGCUUUGAGCAGGAACAAGAAGCAGCCGUGGAGCACAGUGAAGAGAAGACCCUCCAGGAGGGCGUGCAGCCCGAGGAGUUUGUGGCCAUCGCAGACUAUUCUGCUACGGAUGAGACGCAGCUCAGUUUUUUGAGAGGAGAAAAAAUUCUCAUCCUGAGACAAACCACCGCUGAUUGGUGGUGGGGUGAGCGUGCAGGGUGCUGCGGUUACGUGCCAGCUAACCAUGUCGGAAAACACUGGGAGGAGGAUGACCCUGAAGACACGUGGCAAGACGAAGAGUACUUUGGCAGCUACGGAACUCUGAAACUUCACUUGGAAAUGUUGGCCGACCAGCCACGAACAACUAAGUACCACAACGUUAUCCUACAGAAUAAAGAUUCCCUGAAAGAUAAAGUGAUUUUGGACGUUGGCUGUGGAACCGGGAUCAUCAGCCUCUUCUGUGCGCAUCACGCUCAGCCCAGAGCUGUGUACGCCGUGGAGGCCAGCGAGAUGGCGCAGCACACGGGCCAGCUGGUCCUGCAGAAUGGCUUCGCCGACACCAUCACCGUGUUCCAGCAGAAGGUGGAGGAUGUGGUGCUUCCAGAGAAGGUGGAUGUGCUGGUGUCCGAGUGGAUGGGGACCUGCCUGCUGUUUGAGUUCAUGAUCGAGUCCAUCCUGUACGCCCGGGACAUGUGGCUGAAGGAGGACGGGAUCAUCUGGCCGACCACGGCCGCGCUGCACCUUGUGCCCUGCAGCGCCGACAGGGACUACCACAGCAAGGUCCUCUUCUGGGACAAUGCCUACGAGUUCAACCUCAGCGCGCUGAAGUAA